CCAGACGUUCCGUAUCGUUUGUUUUGUCAGGCACUCGCGUUCGGGUCAGUUGUCAAAUGUAAUUUGUGUGAGAUCGCGAGUGACAAUCGCAUCCACUUCCCUAUUACCGUUUUAAAUGAAAUACGAUUGUUUAAUACAUAAUUGCGUGCCGUAUUUAUGAAAAUAGUGUCUGUAAAUCAUGAAAACCGUAUUCGGAAGCUAAAAAGACGAAAAAUACGUGGUCUAAAUAAUAAAAUUACUUUAAUUUUGCCACAAUGGUGAAAGAUGGACGUAAAUAUCGGUCGCUAUCGGUCUAGCUAGCCGUUUUGACGCCGACGUUGAAUGAAAUGUGAUCUAGUGCAACGGAAAUUAAGGAUUUUUUGAACCGCAGUGCGCAGCCAUGUCGGACGAGUCCAGUGUGCGAGUAGCUGUCCGGAUCCGUCCGCAGACGCCCGGUGAGGUUGUCGAAGGAUGCGGUAUAUGCGCGCGCGCCGGCGGCCCGGCCGGCGAGGGUGGCGUGGCGCUAGGCUCGGAGCGGGCCUUCACCUUCGACUACGCCUUCGAGCCGUCCUCCUGCCAGCAGCUGGUCUACGACACCUGCGUCAGGAAGCUGGUGGAAGCAGCCCUCGAUGGGUACAAUGCUACCGUACUCGCGUAUGGACAGACCGGCUCCGGCAAAACCUACACGAUGGGCAGCGGUUGGGAGGGCGAGGGUGACGGCGACGAAGAAAGACGCGGCAUCAUCCCGCGCGCCAUCCGCGACCUGUUCGCCGGCGCCGAGGCGAGGGCUGACGACGCGCGCGCGCAGGGCCAGCUCCCGCCAGAGUUCUCCGUACAAGCGCAGUUCAUAGAGCUCUACAAUGAAGACAUUGUCGAUCUACUUGACCCAGCUAAGGAUCCGUUUGCUAAGGGAGCACUUAGGAUAACAGAAGACGGAUGUGGCGGCGUCAAAAUAGUAGGUGCUUCAAUGAGAGCCGUCCGAGGCGCGAGGGAAGCUCUAGGAGCUCUUCGCGCUGGAGCUCUAGCACGAACAACAGCAGCUACCAACAUGAACUCUUCAUCGUCACGAUCACACGCGGUCUUCACUCUGCUGCUGCGUCAGAGGCGGCUGGCGGCCGACCAGGACGCGACUGUCGACAGGGAGGCCGAUGCAGAGGCGCCCGAACAAUACGAGACGCUCACAGCCAAGUUCCAUUUUGUUGAUUUAGCUGGAUCCGAAAGACUGAAACGUACUGGUGCAACCGGCGAGCGCGCACGCGAAGGUAUUUCAAUUAACUGCGGCCUGUUAGCUCUCGGUAACGUUAUAUCCGCUCUCGGCGACAAGUCUCGCAAAGUACUGCACGUUCCGUACCGAGACUCGAAGCUCACCAGGCUGUUACAAGACUCAUUAGGGGGGAACAGUAACACCGUCAUGAUAGCCUGCGUGUCCCCCAGUGAUAGGGACUUCAUGGAGACUUUAAAUACGCUGAAGUAUGCCAACCGAGCGAGGAAUAUCAAGAACAGAUGUGUGGUGAACCAAGAUCUGACGUCACGGACUAUUAAUCAAUUGAGGCAAGAGGUGGCGAGGUUGCAACUAGAACUUGCUGAAUAUAAACAGGGCAAACGAGUAAUAUCAGAAAAUGGCGAGGAAGGUUGGAGCGAUGUCGUCCAAGAAAAUGCUAUCCUUACUGGAGAAGUAGAAUCACUGAGACGGCGAGUGAAAGCCAUGCAGGGCACCAUCGAGCAGUUGUCAGCCAGGAACAGUGAGCUGAUCGCUGAGAAGGCGUUAGGCAACUGGGCGCCCAAGGAUGGCAGUCCAGAUGCUAACGACUGUUCUCUCACGUCGUUAGUACAGGGUUACGUAAGCGAAAUCGAGGAUCUUCGAGCGCAGCUAUUAGAAUCAAACGCGAUGUAUGAAGCGAGCCGCAAGCGAGAGGCGACGGUCGCGAGGACACGUAACGACUCAGUGCAAGACCCGUCGCUAAUCAUAGACGAUGCCAAACGGGAACUUUAUAAGGAAAAAGAGCUUCUUGCUCGUAGUAUGGGUGAGCUGGAGUUCCAGCGUAAGCUGAACAUGAGUGAGAGUAUGACGAGUGCAGUGGACGACCGGCCUAUAGGAGAGAGGGAGCGCGCGGAGGGCGAGAGUGCUGAAGACUCGGAGCCCUCCGACGGGGAUGGAGAGCCCAGUGACUCGGAUGAGGAAGAUUCUGAGGCUAAAGGUCAACGCGUCCUAUCAGCUCAACUGGCAGCGUUAAGUGAGGAUAUAGACACGAAGGCUCGCCUCAUAGAACAGCUGGAACUGUCGCAGCGUCGCCUGCAAGCACUGAGGAACCAUUACGAGCAGCGCCUAGAUACUCUGCAUCAUCAGAUCAAAGCCACCAAUGAUGAGAAGGAUAAGGUGCUCGCUUCUCUUGCAACACAAGCAUCGCCUCCGAGUGAAAAGCUGAAACGUGUGAAGGAAGAAUACGAGCGUCGCGUGGCGGGCAUGUCGCGCGAACUGAAGCGGUUACAGGCGGCCCAGCGGGAACACACGCGGCUACAGCGCUCCCAGCAACAGACCGCUCAGCAGAUAUCCACGCUGAGGACAGAGUUGCAGCAUAUGAAGCGAGAUAAGGUGAAAUUAGUACAACGUAUGCGCGAAGAAGCGAAACGUCAUGCCCAAGCUGAAGCGGUGCGAGCUAAAGAGGUGGCCCAACUGCGAAAGGAAUCUCGUAAGAACGCCAACUUGAUACGAUCAUUAGAAGCUGAAACUAAGAUGAAAGAAGCGGUACUAAGACGUAAGCAAGAGGAGGUAUCCUUGUUAAGACGAGGACAUCGAGACAAGCUUAGCAGUCGUGCUGCGGGCAGGUUACAUGAUCGCUCCCGAUCUCGCAAGAGCACGUCAUACCGCGAGGCGUGGUCCCGCCUCGAGUGCUGGGUGUCGCGCGCGUGCGCGGCGCGCUGCACGCUGGGCGAGCUCGAGGCCGCGCUCGAGCGCCUGCUGCAGCAGCGGGAGAAGGCGCGCAACAGCGAACAGGACCCCGACGCGAAACACCUGCUGCGCUACCUCAGGGACGCCAUUGCUGAUACACAGGCGCAGAUCAUGCAGAUUGAGGAGGAAAACGACGAGACCAUGCUCCCCCGCCUGCUGGACCACAUCGACUCGGUGGAAGCUGGGCGCUACUCGCUGGAGAGACUGUCUGCGCUCACGCUGCAGCACGCGCAGGACGCCGCGCGCAACCUCAAGAUGUUGCACGACAUGCGCGCGCAGCUUAAAGAGUUGGAGGAGAGUACGGAGCGCACGGCCAGCGCGCUGCGCGCGGCGGGCGCGGCGGGCGACCACAACCUGAACCCGUGGGGCGCGCCGCCCGCCGCGCUGGCCGCGCUGCUGGCGCACGUGUCCUCCGGGACCUCCACGCGCUCCGUGUCGCCCGUCGACAGUGCUCUGUUAAACGAAUCGCGGCCUAAGAACGGUAUUCGCGAGUCGAGUACGGCGCCAACUUCCCCUCCAGAUGACAACACCAACUCUCCGUUCCAACGAAACACUGUCCGGCGCGGUUCAGUCCGGCUGCGAGACCUGGGCGUGUUCGGUCGCGAGGAGGACCCCAUGACGCAAUCUAUGGUGGAGACCGGGCCGCCGAGACCCGCGCCGCUUAGCCGAGUGCCUAGCGCGCCUGGGAGCCUGCGAGGUCUACAGCCACUAGGGGCUGCCCCAGGGGCCCAGUCCCCCGCCGUCCAGCGUCGCGCGGCCCCCAUCCCGCCGGAGUCCCCGCGGCCGCCGCGCCGACACCACAACCUCUCCAAACCUGCAUCAUUAGAGGCGAGCGCGACAGCGGGCACGCCGCCCGCCUCGCCCGGCGCGUCGCGGCGCGCGCGCGAGGAGGACGUCUUCCUCAGGCUGGCCGGCGCGGGGAACGACAACACGCCGCAGGGAGUCGUCAAAGAGAUCGCGCUUAAGCGUGUGAGCGGCAGCGGUGGCAACAACACGGGCGCGUGGCUGCAGUGCACGCACGUGGCGGAGGGCCAUGCCGGCGCUGCGCUCGCGCUCGCCUCCACAUCCGACAUGCUGUUCAGCGGGGGAGUCGACCGCACAGUCCGCGGCUGGGACUUCACGGUGGGAGUAGAAACCUGGCGUGGCUGGUGCGGCGGCGGCGUGGCGGCGCUAGCGGCCGGCGAGCGGGACGCGACUCACUCGCGCCUCGUACUGGCUGCUGCCGGCGCCGCGGUCAGGAUGUUCGAUACCAGAUCUCGAACCCCUGUUACUACGCUGUGGUCAUCAGGAGUGACAGGCCCGUGUCCUGCUAACCGUGGCGUGGGCGGUGAAGUGGCUGUGACAGCGCUAGCGCUCACACAACAGCACCGCCUCUACACCGCCGCCGGUGACAAGCUGCGACUGUGGGACCUGCGCAUGAUGGAAUGCCUCAGCAAGCUGUGGACGGGCCACGCGGCGGCUGUCAUGUGCUUAGCUAUAGGACGAGCGCCGCAGGGGGACCUGGUGGCUACCGGCUCCAAGGACCAUUAUGUUAGGACACUGGACAUGCAGCCGCAAGACACAGGUAGUUGGGAGGCCAGUAACCGCUGGCUGCUGGAGCCGCCGCACUACGACGGCGUGCAGGCGCUGGCGCUCUGCUGCGACGACACUGUACUGUACAGCGCGUCCAGAGACACCAGCCUCAAGAGGUGGAGCCUCACUGAUCAUACACUCUCACAUGGCGUGAUGAACGCGCACAAGGGCUGGGUGACGGGCGUGUGCACGCUGGGCGGGGGGGCGGAGCUGCUGGUGGCGAGCUGCGGGCGCGACGCGGCGCUGCGCGUGUGGGGCCCCGCGCUGCGCCCCGCCGCCGCGCCCGCCGCGCUGCCCGACCUGCCGCACGCCCUGCGCGCGCACCCCGACCACACGCUCAGGGCGCUAUACACCGUCGGGAAGUAUGUAUGCCCCCCUCUUGCCCCUCCCUCCCUCUUACUCCUUGUUGGACGUCAAUUAAUUUUGUUGUUCUUGUCGUUUGUCGUUGUCAAUUUAUCCCUUCGACUGAUAACAGUCCGUCAUGGCUGUGUUGGUGGAGCAUCGCAACAUUCGCACUUGUCAUAUCAACUUUACUUGAUGUUUCGGUAAUGUCAAUCAGUACAUCCAAUUAGUGUAUGUGAUUGUUAACGUUUAUUCAUCAAAAUGUAGCUUUGAAAUUUGAUAUAAAAAAAAUACAUUUCAAAUCAUGACUCUUUAUUUUAACGUUCCUCAAUUUACUUAUUAAUGUAACAUCUUAGUUAACCCUAUUUUGUUUGUAUAAUUUCCUAACCAUAUUAUUACAUGUCUAGAUUCUCUAAACUUAAUUGAAUUAUUCGAUUCUAAAUUUUUUUAUUGUAUUGAUAAUUAUAAUCUACCUAAACUUUACCUAUAAUUUCCAAACCAUACAAUAGUUAUUAUCAGUCUCUGUAGGAGAGAAACGGCCGUAUUCAAGAACUAGAGUAAAUUGUCGCCUUUACGUAUCUUGCUGUCUUUCUCACUAUCAAACGAACGAGACAGAAAGACACUUAAGCAUGUUACUUAAAGCUGAUUGAGGGACAGAGAAAUAAUCUUGCAAGUUGCGAUGCAUUGCAGGCUAUGGUAAAUCUCUUCUGACACUACAGCCGCUCUGUCCCGCAAUGUAUUACAACCUGCACAAAUUUCUCACAUCGUCCAAAUUAAUUAAGUAUGGUUCUUGUAUACGGCUGUCAGUGUUGAGGUAGCGAAGUAACAUUGGAGUGUGUUGCAGCGGCGGCGAAGUGCGCGCGUGGCGGGUCACCGUCGAGCAGUGAGCGGCAUCAGGUGCUUACGACACUACACAUUGCACACAUACAAACAAACAACAAGACUAAUAAAAAAAAAAUGUUAUUAAAACCUCAUUUUUGAUGUUGUAUCCAAGUGGGCUUGAGCCAAUUAGCACUCUAAUUUAAUAAGAUUGUGUUGCUGUCCAAAAUUAUUGUGAUCUCUAAUGAUUAAAUUUUAAUAUAAUAAUUUUGAGGUUGUACGGAAUUCAGUAUACACACAGCAAGUACACAUACAAAAGUUUGAUUUUAUACCUUUUGCUUUUAUCCCUGCAAUUUGUAUUUCUUUUCAAUUUGGUGGUUUUGCUUACUUGAACAAAUGAUCCUUAUACAUCCAAAUACAUGAAAACACAGUUUUACACCUAUGCACUUAUCCUGAGCAUACAUUAUAUGUGCGUACCGUAAGACCACAUAUUCACAGCUUAUAAACCACGAAAAUCACAACAAGCCUUAAUAUGGGGGCUUUAUGUCCCAAAAAAAUAUAAUAAAAAAAAGAUUUAACAAAAAGUAUCUUGCGCAGAUACACUACAUUGCUAGCAGAAGAAUCGCCGUUAAAAAUGUUGUCGACCCCUGCAAUAUCAGGGAUAAUCAACUUCACAAACACAUCUGAACCACAGACACAAUAGCUUUAGAUGUCGCUACUCACUAACAAAUGACCCGAUAUUCUAGCUUUGUACUUAUUAUAAAUGUAUAUUAUUGUAUGAAUAGUGUAUCGGGUUUAAAUAGUUACUAAUAUUCAGCUUCAAUCAUGUAGAUUUGAGUAUCAUUCAUGAUUAAACAUACAUUCAGUCAUUUUGCCGGUUUUCUUCG